AUGGCCAGCGUGACAACCGUAAACCUCCUAGCCCUCGCGACCUCCCUCCCCUACGCGAACUACCUCUCUACCCUCUCCACCAACACCACGACACCCACCUUCUCCUUCCUGGCCUACAACUCUACGUUCAGCACCUCUAUCCUCGCUCCCAAUGCUACAGCACGCUUGCUCCACUCCUUCCCUGACUGGGAGCCCUUCCACGAAGCCGGGGUCUACGAUCGGGGCACUAACUCCAUGUACAUAACCUCAAACUACAACAUCCCAUCCGGCCUCUCGAAUCCCAUUAACAUGACGAUCGUGAGCCUGGACGACUACAGCAUCCGCUCAACGCGGUACCCCGGUAUCCACGAGCCAAACGGAGGGACAUCGUACUACCCCCCUGGCAGCAACCCCAACACGACGGACCCACUGCUCCUCUUCUGCGAUGAGGGCGACUUCGUUCACGCCUCCGCCCUCACAACCCUCGAUCCCUCCACAAACACCACAACCGUAAUCCUAAACAACUACCUCGGCCGCAACUUCUCUUCCGUCAACGACGUGCGCCAGCACCCCGAGACCGGGGACCUGUGGUUCACAGACGCCGACUACGGCUACUUCCAGUAUUUUCGGCCGGCGCCCACGAUCCCCAAGCACGUAUACCGGUUCUCUCCCUCGACGGGCGAGAUCCAGGUCGUCGCCGACGGCUUCGUGCAGCCCAACGGGCUGGAGUUCAGUCCGGACUUCCAGACCUUCUAUGUCAGUGACACGGGGGCUGUGGGGUUUGAGCGGAACUUCACGCGGCCGGCGACGGUGUAUGCGUUCGAUGUUGUUGACCAGAAGGUCUUGAGGAAUAGGCGCGUCUUUGCUUAUCCAGAUAGUGGAUUCCCGGAUGGUGUACACACGGAUACGGCGGGGAAUGUGUGGGCGGGUGUUGGGGACGGCGUGCAUAUCUGGAAUGCGGAGGGGACGCUGCUGGGAAAGUUGCAUAUCGGCAAAACAUCGAAUAAUUUCGCGUUUAUCCCGGGAGGCGUGCUGGUUUUCUCCAAUGACGAUUUGUGGCUUGUGGAAGGGUUGGCUGUUAAUGGGCGGGAGGUAUGUUUGGAUUUUGGGGUGUGUGAUUGA